AUUUUUAUUGAAAACAGCUCCUUAAUUAUUCAAGUUAUUGUUUUCUCAUAUUUUUAUUUGAUUAUCUUGAAAUAUCAAUGGAUAAUCUGCAUUUAACACUUCUAUAAGUAAUGAAAUCAAGUGUAAUAAAAAUUGAUUGUUGAAAUAUCAACUUAUCUUACUUCAAGACUCAAACAAGCUGUUAAUUAUUAUUGAAAUUAAAGUUUAUAAGUACUUAAAUAUUUAAACAAUAAUAAUUAAAAUAAUACUUAAGUAUUCAAGUUUCGUUUAUAGAUUAUAUUAUCAUGAUUUUAUUUAAACGAGUACUAUCUUUUAAAAUCAAUAAACAAAAACAGUUCUUCAGAUGCUUUUGUAGCUCUGAUAAUACUUUAGAAACGAUUAAGUCUAAUUCGAUUCAAUGGCCCAAGGACUAUAAUACUACUCCAUUGGAACCCAAUGUCACUAAUUUUUCUACUAUUAGUCCAGCAUUACUCCCUACAUUUAAUUUGGCUGCAUAUAUUAAUGAGUCCUAUUCAUUACAACAGUUGGUUAAACUUGGUGUAGAAAUUUACAAAUUUGAUAAUAAUCCCAAUUUAAUGGAAAUGAUAUUAAAAUUAGAUUUUGAACGUGAUAUGAAACCAUAUAUAAGAUUUAUUCAUGAUUGCGGAGUACCAGUUGAAGAAUUAGGAAAAUUUUUCACAAAAAAUCCUAUGAUAUUUUCUGAGCAUAUGGAUGAUUUAAUAACCCGAAUUAAUUAUUUAGAAUAUAAAAAAUUCAAUAAAGAAAUGAUAACUACCAUAAUUCGAAAACACCCAAAAUGGUUAUCUCAAAAUACAAUUGAUAUUGAUACCAGUCUUGGAUUUUUUCAAACAAAUUUCUAUCUUUCUGGUGACAAUAUCCGUAGUAUAGUUACUAAAUUACCAAAACUUAUUACUUGGCCAAAAAAAUCAGUAAAUUUAAUAAUGUUUUCAAUGAUUGAAGAAAUGGGUUUUAAUAAAAGCGAAAGGAAAAGACUAUUACAAAUUCAUCCUAGAUUAUUUACUAUGUCUAAAAACCAUUUAUUAGAACGAUUCAACUACAUACAUCAUACUAUGGAUAUAAAUCACGACCGCAUCGUCCUUGAACCUCAAGUGAUGACCAGUCGUUUGUUUAGAAUCAAACAGAGACAUGAGUAUUUAAAAUAUUUAAACCGAGCACAAUAUGACCCAACAAAACCCAAUUAUGUACCACUUUUAAAAUUAGUUUCAGGAGAUGAUUCAGAAUUUUGUAUAAAUAUUGCUAAGACUAGUGUUGAAAUGUUUAAUAGCUAUCUGAAGACUGUUCAGUAAUGUUAAAAGUUAAUUAAUAAUUAAUAAAAAACUGUUUAU